UUAAUGAAAGAAAAUCGAUUAAAAAGCUGUGUGACUAACACCGUCCUCUGAGGUCAUAUUCAAUAUCAUUUGAUGUUUAAUUUGUUAUAAUAAUUAUGAGUUUCUUAAAAAAUUUUGGUCGUCUACCUGCAGAAUAUAAUGAAAAAGUGCACGGUCCAUACGACCCUUCCAGGUUUUAUGGCAAAAAAGACAUCCCUUUUGGUGAAGUAAAAGUAGGAGAAUUGGGUUCAUGGCUAGCUAGACGAAAUAAAUCUCCUGCGGCUGUAGCUGGUGCUUGCAGUCGUGCUUUCUGGAGAUGGCAGUUCAAAUAUGUUUUACCCAAACGAUCCGGCUUGACACCUAUAAUUCAGUUUGUUUGUGGAACUAUGGCGCUUUUCUAUGUCAUCAAUUAUGAGCAUCUACGUUACCAUAUUCAUUACAAGCAUCACUGGUAAAGACUUUAAAUUGGAAAAGUUUCUACAAAAUAAUGUAGAUUUGAAGAUUUAUAGUUGAAAGUUGUAUCACAAUAAAAAUUUCUCGCUAAAAAUCUAAAUAAAGAUGGCUGAUUCUAGUA